AGAAAAAAGAAAAAAGAAAAAAAAAACAAGAGAAAACCAAUAAAUAGAAGAAGAGCUCACAGAGAGUUGUAAAAGAAUCAACCCCAUUAGAUUAGAUCCCACAUUCACACACGUAAACGAAGAACGAAAGGAAUUUCCCACAAACUCCGAAAAGCUCAGAAAUCAACAAGACUCCACCUCCACCUAGGGUUUUCCACAAUCGUCGAAGAGAGAGAGAGAAGAUGGUUCUGACGCAGAAGCUUCACGAAGCGUUCAAAGGAACGGUGGAGAGAAUCACAGGUCCUCGCACCGUCUCCGCCUUCAAAGAGAAAGGCGUUCUCAGCAUCUCCGAGUUCGUCAUCGCCGGCGAUAACCUCGUCUCCAAAUGCCCUACCUGGUCCUGGGAAUCAGGCGAGCCAAACAAGAGGAAGUCAUACUUGCCACCAGAGAAGCAGUUCUUAAUUACUAGAAAUGUCCCUUGUCUACGAAGGGCUGCAUCAGUUGAAGAGGAAUAUGAAGCUGCAGGUGGGGAGGUUCUUCUUGAUAACGAAGACAAUGACGGCUGGUUGGCAACCCAUGGGAAGCCAAAGGAUAAAAGCGAUGAGGCAGAAAACUUGCCUUCUAUGGAGACUUUAGAAAUCAGCAGCAAGAACAAGACUGUAAAGUCAAUACCCUCACACUUUGGGGAUCAAGAUGAAGAAGAUAUUCCUGACAUGGCUGAUUACGAAGAACCUGACAAUAUUGAGACAGAUGCUGCAACACUUCCAUCCACAUAUCUUGUUGCUGAGGAACCUGAUGAUGACAAUAUUUUACGGACUCGAACCUAUGAUGUCAGCAUCACGUAUGACAAAUAUUAUCAAACUCCUCGUGUGUGGCUUACUGGGUAUGAUGAGUCAAGGAUGCUUUUGCAACCAGAGCUUGUACUUGAAGAUGUUAGUCAAGAUCAUGCACGCAAAACAGUAACCAUUGAGGACCAUCCACACUUGCCUGGAAAGCAUGCAUCAGUGCAUCCAUGCCGACAUGGGGCUGUGAUGAAAAAGAUCAUCGAUGUACUGAUGUCACAUGGAGUUGAACCAGAAGUUGAUAAGUACCUUUUCUUAUUCUUGAAAUUUGUUGCCUCUGUAAUUCCAACAAUUGAAUAUGACUACACCAUGGACUUUGAUCUUGGUAGCUCCAGCAAUUAAUUCAAAGAUACUAGUUGCAACUUCAGCAUGAAGGUGAUUAAAAUGUGAAGUUAAACAAUGUUGUAAGUUGUAACUACUACUAAUGGUGUUGUCUGUUGACUUAGCCAUUAUUGUACAGUCUAAACUAUUUGAUUGGAUCGUCUUUUGGAUGCUGAAUGUGUUAUUGGAAGCCACCGUUCACGUUAUUAGUGAAUGAUGGUUUUGUAUAGUGGAAGUUCUAUUUAUCUUUA